AGGAGGAGGCUGAAAAGAGCGAGCUGUUUGAGUUUAUGGAGUACUUGAAAUGAAAAUGUAAAGUUUUUAUUUCUUUGUGUACAAUAGACGUGUAAAAGCUUUAUCUGGAAUCAUUUGUUUAAUUGUGUAUAAACGAAACUGCCGUGUUGUAGCAACGAUAUUUUCGCUAAACCGCCAUCAUGAGUGAUUGUGUACAUCUCUGAAUAAAGAUGAUGGAGGAUUUCUCGGGUCUGGCUCUGCCGCCUCUGUUUGGGGGUCACAUUCUGGAAGCGGAGCUGGAGACGGGUGGAGUGGAGCUGGGCCCUGGCGGCACCGAGCUCCUGGAGACCGACGGGGCCCCGAGCUGCUCCGGGGACGAGGAGAGGAGAGAGCUGGACAAGAACAAAUACCAGAUGCUCAGCAGACGCUGCAAGGAGAUCCAACAGGUAAAUGAGAAGAUUUUGGGACGCCUUCAUCAGGUGCAGAGACUGACCCGCCGCAUGAGGAAAGAAAGAAGGUUUCUGAUGAAGACACUGGACUCAUAUGGAGAUGAUUACAGGGCAGCUCAGCUCACCAUCACGUUAGAGGAUGAAGGCAAGGCUGUAGAUUCAGCUCUCGGUGGAGAUGAAGACGUCUCUUCUCCAACAUUUCCUCCUCAGUCCACUGGAGGAGCAAAAAGGAAGAGACACCGGCUCCAGAAGGACAGAGACACGCAGAUGGAGUCGGAGCAGCCGGUGAUGACGGAAGCUCAGUUCAGUGGAUUCCCCAGUCCAAACUCACUCUCUCACUGAUCCCAGAACAGCAGAAACAACACCUCCAACAUGAAGUCAGUCACUGCGGGACUUUUUGUUUUGUACAACACAGGAUUAAAAAAGAAAAGUCCUUACAUUUCUGAAUCUGUUCACAUCCUGUAUCAGGACUUCCUCCUCAAUUAUGCUGUUCAUACCUUGCAAUUUUUGUGUGUGUCAGAAUUAGGAAAUAAAAGGAUGAGGCUAGAU